AUGUUUUGUUUUAGAAAACCAAGUGAUAGUGAUAUUAAACAAUAUAUAAAUGAUAGAAGAGAGGAACAAUUUGCAUAUAGUAAUUUAUAUGGUACACAAGAUUAUGCAACUAAAGAGGAAUAUGAAAUGGACCCAAAGUAUAGUAAUUUCGAUGUUGAUCAAGUAAAGAUUCAAUUGGGUACAGGUGUUGAAUGUUUUCAAAAAGCAGUUGCAGCACUCAAACAAUGGAAACACUUUGAUUUAGAUUGGGUAGAUUUUUACUUUAAAAAUACACCUAUUGCAGUGGGUGAAACCGUUGGAAUCUUGUCAAAGCAAGUUGGUUUUUGGAUUCUAUCAUUUGCUCGUAUCAAUUAUCUUUACGAUGGUGAUCAAGAAGAUGGUUCAAUUAAAUUUGGUUAUUCAUAUGGUACACUAAAGGAUCAUGUUGAAAAAGGUGAAGAAAGAUUCGUCAUUGAAUGGGUACGUGAUCCUGAUGGUGCCCCUGACAAAGGUGCUGUUUAUUAUGAAAUGUUAUCCUUUUCAGAACCAAGCUAUUGGUUAUCUCAAUUGGGUUAUCCUGUAACUCGUUACUUUCAAAAUAAAUUUGUUGUUGAUUCAUGUAAUCAAAUGUUAAAAGCAGUGGGUUCAAAUCAAAAUGUUAGACAUGUAUAA